AAUUUGCUUUCUUGCCUCUGGCUGCCUCUACACUAGUAAUUAGUUGAUUCUAUUUUUCUCAUCCAAAUAUCAAGUGGUUUUAAAGGAUUUGAUAUUGUCUUUUCACCAAAGUGCUCCUCAAUUCAUCUUAUGGUUCUUAUUUGUUUAUCUAAAUGUCAUUACUAUGUUUUCUCUGUAUCACACAACCUAUUGAACCAUGUUGCAGGGCUCUUACAUACUGCUUCUCUGAAGCUGAGCUUUAGUGCUCAGCAUCUGACUUAAUGGAGUUUAUGUGAAUUGGAUAUAUAUGAGUUGGUAUAGUUGGCUUAUUGUUCAACUCUUGCAGCCGUUCAACCUAUACAUAGGCCAUAACAGACCCAAGGUAUGAAUUUCUUUCAUAUUUGAUAUAUUGAUUUUGUUAAAAACUUUCGUGGCUAACUUGAGCGUCUUAAGUUCCCUGGUAGAGCACACUUCUGCAGCCCUUCACCGUCUUUCCUCCUGCUUUCAGAUUGUGCUUUCUUCUGUACUAGCUGCCUCUACCUUCCUAUUCUACACUGUGAUUCAUGUGUGAUUAUGUGAAAGUGAAAGGAAUAGCAACUACUCACACAUUGCCUCUGCGGGAUCUUCACAUUCAUGAUUGCAAAGAGUAAUAGCAUAGAAAAAAGAGAAGGAAAUCAGACAAUGGAUGGAAGAGCUACAUUCACUCUUCUAAAAUUAACCUACUUUGGGACUUACAUGACAAAACAGAAUUGAAGAGAACCUGCUUGAGCAAUGCAAGUUUGCUUGAAGAAUUGGCCAUUGGGGAUUUCUUUGUACAAGGAUGAGAUUAAUGGAGGUUAUAUGAAUGUAUAUGUAAGUUGGUAUAAAAAUUAGCCUUUUUAUUUUUCUGGUGCUUUGGGUAUGGUCUCAUUGGAUUACUGUCCUUUUGCUGUUGAAGUACCUGCCGGUUCCUCAAUAGGGUACAAUGUGGCUUUGCUGUGGAGUCGGAUCCUCUUAGAGUUGGCAGAAAGGAAUUAGCCUUUGUUUCAAUAAAUAUAAUUGAAAUAGAGGUUUGCUAUCAUUUCACCUACUUUGAUAUUUCCAUUUGUACAAUUCAACCAUCUGUUCAAAUGAAACCCGGGGCAUUUGAAUUGUUUGAUAUAUAGCUGAAUUCAACUCUCCUGCAGAAGCCAAUAAUCUGCUUUUUGUGGAAUCCCUGGUUAGAGUUGUGUUUUAAACCCAUAUUCCUUCUGCUGUCACCAAGUUUGUGGGUUUAUUUGACAGGAGAGAGUUUUUGUCGGACUUAGCCUACAGUGGCCAUAAUUUCCUACUGAACUGCUUCAGAUAUCCACAAACAAAACCCAAGAUUUCUUCAUGUAAGGAGAGAGUUUUGCAGGCAGUAAGUUUUGGGGUUCUCUUUCAUACUUGCACAUAUGGUUAUGUAAAUGCUCUGUAAAUCAUCCCUGAAUCUUGCAGGCCACUAUGUACUACAACUUGUGGAGCAGGGUUUGUCUAUGAUCAACACAUGGACAUAAAAAUAUAAGUUUAUC